UGUGUGCGUGUAUGUUUGUGUGGUCAGUCGAUGAGGGCACUUGAGAAAAGAAAAGAAAAGAAUGUAUUUGGUCGCGAGCCAGUCGACAAGCAGCGAUGAAUCGUCAGAUCGUAGAAACUCGAGGCAUCAAGCUCGAGGAUGGUCUCUUGUUUUGCUGAAGAGAGCGGACGGGGGUAACAAUAAGGGUUUGAAACGAACGUAGGCGUCGAGAGCCGGUGGGAUAUGCGGAAGAUGAUGGUGGUCUUGCGACGCUUCAACCGCAGUUCAAAACGUAGGGACGUUUGGAAAGUGGCGUAUUCCCGGAUGAAUCAACGCUGGGGCAUCCCAGGACCAGGGUGGAUGACGGUGCGAAAGGUCCAGAAGAAGAAAAGAAUCAAGAAACGACAGGAGUCGCUGGACCAAGGCAGCGACAGGGAACAGUAUCAAGCCGGUAAGGCGAGGUUUGGUGGUCAGUCAGUCGGGAGGGUUCUCCAAAGAACGUCGUCGUCGAUUGCCACGAAGAGUGAUGGACUGAGGGCCAAGAAAAAGAAUGGGAUGGACAGCUAGGAAAGGAAAAGCGUAUCUGGUAUCACGAAGGAGUGUGGAGUGGAAGCCGUGAAGGAGUGAACGGACAAUCCUGAUAAGAGAGAUAACUCUUGUUGAAAAGGAGAGGGGGAACCAAGAAAGAAAAAAAUAAAAAAUAAAAAGAGGAUGAAAAUGAAUGUGAAAGGAGAGUAAGAAGGUGAUGUGGCAGAGAGGGGAAAAGGAGGGUGUGGGGG